AUGGGACACUCUUCAGCAGAUCACACUAGAGAUCCUUGCCCUUGGGUCAUUCUCAACGAUUUAGGUGGUGCUUUUGUUAUGGGUGCUGUCGGUGGUGGUAUUUGGCAUUCAGUGAAAGGUGCAAAAAACUCACCUAGGGGAGAACGUUUGACUGGUGCAGUAUCAGCCAUGAAAGCCCGUGCACCUGUCUUGGGAGGCAAUUUUGCUGUUUGGGGUGGUCUUUUCUCAACAUUUGAUUGCGGUCUAAAAGGCAUCAGACAAAAGGAAGACCCUUGGAACUCUAUUAUCUCGGGUGGUUUAACCGGCGGCGUCCUGGCUGCUCGUGGAGGUGUCAAGGCUGCUGGUGUCUCUGCAGUCGUUGGUGGUGCGCUUUUGGCUUUGAUUGAGGGUGUUGGUAUUGGUAUUGCUAGAUUAACUGCUGAUCAAAAUAAGCCUGUUAUGCCUCAGAUUUAG